AGCCAUUUAAGUAGUUGAAAAAAUUGCACUCGUUAGCUCGAUGCGUUAUAAUUCUUGAAUGUAAAUUGCAGCAAAUUUUUACAUCGAUAUCAUGUUAUAGGUAGACCUUCUCGUACCGCGGGGUUGAAUUUGCAAAUGUAUAAUAUAAUACAUAUUGUACAUAGGUAUAGUGUACCUGUAGGUGCAACUGGGUAGUAUCGGCGGGGGUUUCAUUGAUCGCAUGCCAGAGUCCGCGAACUGAGAAUAGGGGGGAAGCAACCGCCGUCUGCGUUUGAGUUGGGUACGCUGUUGAAAUGUUUGGCAAUCACUGGCACAAAGUGGAUCUCCAGCCUCUUUGGUACAUCGGUCCGAUGUACCGUUCGUAUUUAAUUUGAAAGAAAAAUUCUAACUAAUAAUCAUCCCGGUGACUAUGAUAAUUUUUGCAAAGUGAAUAAAGAGAAGGAAACGAGAAAAGGAAAAGAAGAAUUACUUCAUUCGAUUAUUUUCAUUCUUGUUUUUUUAAAUAUUUUUCAAGAGAAAAACUUCGAGCAAUCUCUGCAAUAAAGACGUGGAAUCUAUGGUCUCAUUUCUAGUUGUUUCUUUUUUUUUUCUAUUCCUAUUAAUUAACGUAUUUGAUUCUAGUUAAAAUAUAAUAUCAAGUGCCAAAGACUGCAGAAGGGCAGUUGAGACGCGGGUCAACAGUAAAAAUUAUUUAAACAAUAUUUACGGACGUUUUAAAAUUCAACGAAGUUAAAAUUCUUCGAGGAGGAUUAUUUGUGCUCAAAGAUAAUAAAAAAUGUCUGCGUAAUUAAUAAGAUAACUAAAUUUGCAUCGGACAUAUCUAUGCCUCUAAUGGAAAUAUGUUCGUACCAGUUGCAACGAUCAUCGAAAUCAAACGAUUCUUGAUUUUGAAAGAUUAUGCUAGAAUUAAAAUCACCGAUGGAUACAACAGUCGACUCUUGUCUGCAUAGUUUGUUUGUUAUUUUUUUUUUUUUUUUUAUCUCAAAUUGAGGGCGUGUCUCUGUGGCGAGUUCUGAUAAAAUGUACAGGAUAUAGACUUCCGUUAUAAUAUAUCUGAACCAUAUUUCAGUUUAAUUGUCAAUUCGUUAGUUUCGGUAAUGAUUUUGUAGUUUUUACAAAAUUCUCUAAUUUCAAAAAGUGUUCGGCAAUAAAGAGGUAACAAAAAAAAUUACUAGUGAUAAUUAGCAUUAAUAUUUUUUAAAAUAAACUUAAUGAUAUAAAUGUACAGUAUUACGUUAAUUUUUAAAUUUUAAAUUGAAAUCUUCAAUUAUAAAUAGGCAAUUUAAAUUGUUUACAAAUAAAAAUAAUACUGCAAAUCAUACAUGGUCGAUAUAUCAAACAUUUAAUCGCAUGUUACGAAAAUAUAAAUAAACUUAUAUCUGGUACGACAGACAUUUUAUUUAAUCAUUUAUUUUUCUGCGUUUUACGAAUAGAUACACAUACACACAUUUCAGAUAUCAUUCGACAGAUACGAUAUAUUCGUGUCUGGAUAGAUAGAGAUAAAAAAAAAAAAAAAUAGAAAUGAGAGUUGCUUCUUUUCACUUUCGGCGCCUCGCGGUGACCAUCCUCUUGGUCGCACUCGUAUAUUGCGUUGUUCAGGUGAUGCGAUCUGAAUUAAAAAUGAACGACUCAGAUCCAUCAAAUCUGGAUAAACUCGCGUACAUAUCACAAUUAAUAAAAACUUCAGGAGAUAAUUCGCCUUACAUCGGUGACGGGGUUGCGGCGUGCAGGCACCCUGACUUGGACGUCUCCAACCCAGAAAUAAUGAAAUUCAUUAAAGAUGUUCCUCCUCUAGAAUGCACUCCGGAGGACUGGGUCACAGUAAAUGGUUCGACACUGGUCCUUACAGAGAAAGCCAAGCAGAAAUUUGGUCCGAUAACUUGUGCUUUCAAUGAAAUCGUUCGAGUCGAUGAUUACAAUAUUAAAAUGAUGCCCACUGAGGAAUCAGACGUUUCAUAUACCUUGAAAUUUAGCGAUUUUGCUGACGUUAAAUGUGAAUCUCAAACAGGAAAACAGUGGCACAGCGUUCUGGCCGGUGUUAGAAACGAUUCCUCGAUGAAAAAAGAUUAUGGCUGGGAAAAAGUACCGAGCAAUUCCCUGAAACUGAACGUUUUAAUGUUCGGAUUUGACUCGUUAUCAAGAAAUACCUUCAUAAGGAAAUUGCCGAAGUCUUACAGAUAUCUAAAACAGAGUUUAAACUCUCUUGUUUUGGAGGGAUACAACAUUGUCGGGGAUGGAACUCCUCAAGCUCUGAUACCAAUUUUAACUGGUAAAAUUGAACUGGAAUUACCUGAAACAAGGAAACGAAUGGGAACAAAAGCUGAUUACGUCGAUGUUUACCCCAUGAUUUGGAAGGAAUAUAAAAAAAACGGAUACAUUACUGGAUUCAUGGAGGACGUUCAUCACAUUGGGACAUUUACAUAUCGUUUAAAAGGCUUUAAAGUACAACCGACCGAUCAUUAUAUGAGAACGUAUUAUCUCGGAGCUUCUUCGCAUUUUAAAUAUCAAAAAAAAUUCUGCAUGGGAUCGUUACCCCGACAUUCUCUAAUGAUGAAUUACAUAAAGACGAUAUUCGACGCGUACAAAAAUCAACCGAAAUUCGUAUUCGGUUUUCAUGGAGAACUUUCACACGAUUCUUACAACGAUAUUGGUUCCGCCGACGAUGAUUUGUACAACUGGAUAAAAUCUCUCAACGAAUCCGGUCAUUUGAAUAACACCGUUUUGAUACUUAUGAGCGACCACGGGCACAGAUUCGCUGAAAUUCGCAACACGUUGCAAGGAAAACAGGAGGAGAGGCUUCCGUUCUUUUCAUUCACAUUUCCGACCUGGUUCAAGCAAGUUUAUCCGCAUGCCUAUGCGAAUUUCGUCUACAAUUCUCAACACUUAACAACACCGUUUGAUGUGCAUAAAACUUUGGAAGCUAUUCUCAAAUUCGAAACGCCAAAAGAAGGAGAUCGAACUCAGAGGGCCAUAAGUUUAUUCAACAAGAUUCCAUUGGAAAGAACCUGUGCAGAUGCGUUCAUCGAGCCACAUUGGUGCGCUUGUUUGAGCUGGCAAGAAGUACCGACCACAGAACCAGCCGUGAUAAAGGCGGCUCAUUACUUCGUGAAAUUUUUGAAUGACUAUUUAUCCCCUCAUCAAGAUAUAUGCGACACGCUGAAGCUGAACAAAAUCAUAUGGUCAGCGAAGCUGAUUCCAACAGAAGGUUUAUUAAAUUUUCGAAAAUCUGGCGACCAGGAUGGAUUCCUCGGUGAUUUUUCUGCCAAAACAAAACUCACCAAUGAAUUAUACCAGCUGAAAGUUAGCGUCGAACCAGGCGAUGGUCUUUUCGAAGUCAGCAUCAACCACAAUAUCAAGGAAAAUUUAUACACCACGAAGAUAACCGAUGUGAGCAGAAUUAACAUGUAUGGAUCUCAAGCUAGGUGUGUGGAACACAGUCUUUAUCACCUUCGCAAGUAUUGUUAUUGUAAGAAUUGAAUUCUGUUGUAAUUAUCAAAAGAGCUUUGCUCGUAAGCAAAAAUUUUAUAUCCUACCACUCGUUAGACAGAAUAGUGAAUAACUCUCAUUAAUAUCAGGCUGAUAAUGAAAAGAAGAACAAUGAUGUGAUUGUGAUAAGGAAAAUUAGGUAUAAGAGCACAUUAUUUUUGUGCGUAUACAGCAGGAGAAGUGAAAAUUAAUAUAGAAGAUCGAUGGAGUUAAAAGUAAUUGAAUAUAAGUAAAAUAUUAAGUUAAGAAAUGACGAUAAUUCGCGAAUUCUCAAAAAUAUAGUCUAACCUAAUGCAAUAAUAAUAGGGGAUGAAAAAAUUGUUUUCCGAUAAUGUUCUGCUCAACGAUUUGUUACUAACGAUACUGUUACUUUAUAGUAUAUAUAUAUACAUGUCCGACUUAUUCCAACAUGAACGGGUCAAUGAAGUUAUUUAUUUUAGUGAAAUGUUUAGAAUUGAUGCUCAAUGCAUGCUCGAAAAUUAUGCGAUAAAUCGAAGGUGUUCGUUGUCGUGAAUUAAUUUAAAAAUAAUUUAGAAUAACUCAAGGUGUAUUUAAGACCUUAGGGCUCAACGCAAGAAAUAUGUACGAUAGGGUACCUGAUAGGACAUCCUGAAAUAAUUUGAUCAUUUUCUUGAUAUUUACUAGAAUCAGUUGAUUGUAGCUUUAAAAAUUGUAAAUGUAAAUCUAAUGUGAUUAAUUUAUAAAAGUUGCAGGGUGAAACUAUGAGCCAAAAAUCAGACUUAUCGUAACCGUGAUAUUUAAUUUUGCAAUUAUACUUGAAUGUAUAAAAAUAUUGUAACGGAAUGUUUGGAUGAUAAUAGUUUGUAUGAGCAAUAUUAACUGCAUAUGUGACAAAUGAUAUAGAAAGAAUGAUAACAGCCUGUACGAAAUAUCUAUAUGCCUGUACCAGAACAUAAAAUCUGAGAAAAGAAAAGAUUUAUGUACUAGCAUAGAUGUAUUUCCUACAGUAAAAAGCGUAUCGAACAAGAAACCGUCAAUCAAAUUGAGCUGGCGUAAGAUCCCAUCGAGAUAUCCCUGAUUUUUCACUUUUUCGAUCGAUUAAUUGGCGAUAACUCGUAUCAAUUUCAUAGAUGGAAUUAUUUUGCUUGCGGAUUCGGAUUCAUGAGAUCGAAUUACAUGCAACUAGCGUGAUAAACCCCUCAGAAAAAAUCCGUUGUGUGAGAACAUGCAUUUUUCUAUUUAAUGAAUCCAUGUAAUAUUCUCAAUAACGUAUUAGAAUUCAUUUCCAACCCUCACCGAAAAGCCCCCUCAAAUCGACAGUUUAUUAAUUAUUAAUUAUUUAUCUGUGUUAUUUAAUUAACACGAAAUUGGGCAUAAAAUGAUAUUCAUGAGGAUACAACUGCUUGUAAAAAAGAAAAAAUUCGCAGAUAAUACCAAAGUAACGGUAUUAUAUUUAACAAUACAACGUCCGGGUGUGUCAAUAGCCGCCGCCGUCUUCGUCUCAUCGGAGAAUAAAUCAGUAAAGAAAUGUUUUAUUUAUCAAUUUAAUGGAUUUAAACAAUAUUUGAUCAUAAA